GUGACGCGCUGAGCCCGUUCUGCCGCGCUCCGUGCCCGCCAUGGGGCCGCGGCGGCGAGCGGCGGCCGAGGGGCAGGAGGGGCAGUUGGUGCUGCAGGAGGAGCAGUACGUGCUGGGGCAGGUGUCGGGCAGCCUCGGGGCCACCGCCGCGCCCCUCGCCCGCCUGUUCCGCGCCGCCGCCCCGCCGGUGCUGGUGGCUGUGCCGCGGGGAAAGAAGAAAAGGAAGCGUGCAGAAGAAGGGGAGAAAGUGUCAGAAGACCAGAGCUUAUCCAACAUACAAGAAACUCCAGUAAAAGCAAAGAAGGCCAGAAAAAAGGAACGUUCAGAGGCAGAGAAAAAACUGUCAGAGAGAGAGAAUGCUUUGGAGCAGGCAGAUGAAGAGGAGGAUCAAAAAUUGCUUCAAAACAAAGUGAAACAAAAGCAAAAGGCUUCUCGAGCCAAAAGUGUUGUUAAUUCAGCUACGGGUGCAACUGCAAAACAGCAAAAGAGAAGAAGGGUGGCUGAUAAAGCAGCAGACAGAAGAACGGUGUUUGUUGGAAACUUGCCUGUCAGCUGCACUGUUCAGGUACUGACAUCUCUUUUUAAGAAAUAUGGACAAAUCCAAUCCAUUCGCUUCCGGUCUCUGAUUCCAGCAGAAGAUACUGUAUCCAAAAAGGUAGCAGCAAUCAAGCAUAAGGUGCACCCGAAUGCAAAGUCCAUCAAUGCUUAUGUGGUCUUUAAGGAAGAAUGUGAUGCCCAGAACGCUCUGAAGGAGAAUGGAACAGAAAUUGCUAGUGGAUUUCACAUCAGAGUUGACACUACAUCUAAAACCAGUUCGCAUGACAAUAAACGAUCUAUAUUCUUGGGAAAUCUUUCAUAUGACAUCCGCGAUGACGCCGUGCGGGAGCACUUCCAGGUCUGCGGAGACAUCGUGGGAGUGCGAGUGGUGAGAGACAGGAGGACGGGCCUGGGGAAAGGCUUCGGCUACGUCCUCUUUGAGAACACAGAUGCUGUACAUCUUGCUCUGAAACUCAACAACUCGGUUCUGAUGGGAAGGAAGAUACGAGUGCAGCGUAUAGAGGACAAGAGGAAAGCACAGAAAAGUCUGGACCAGUCUCGCGCUCCCAAGGACAGAGUUGAUAAGAAGAAGAAAAAAGAAAAGAGCUGCUCUAACGAUUCUUUUGUUGGUGAAAAAGCAAACCCAUUAAAGAAGAGCAUAAAACCAAAAAGACCAAAAACUACUCCUAAGAGUAAAGCUGGGAAAAACAAACAGUCCUUUGAUAAAAAAUAAUCCCAUAAAAAUGCUGAUUAGUGUUAUGAAGAUGGAUAUGUAUGAGAGUGGUUUUUUAUGUGAGAGUGUCAUAAAUUUUUUUUGCUAAUAUGGCUGUUGUCCUUAUUGGUUUUUGUUUUGGGGCAUUUGGCUUCUCCUAGAAGGCAGCAGGAGGUGCUGCAUGAUUUUAUUCCUGUGUUCCAGGAAUCUUCUCCAGCUGAGGUCUUGCUGCAGAGGCUAACUGUGAAUUCUCUUUUUCUGGAGUUGUGUAGCCACAACGGUUAUAGAAAAAAAUGACUCACGUUCAGACUGGGUCUGUGAUGAAAUAAAAAUUGUUACCUUGA